CCGCAGAACACGCAUAAAGGACCCCUGGAAUCUCGAUGAGCGUUAAGUAGACCACGACUGUCGAGGUACCACCCCAUAAACCCAACCCACUCCUCAUAUAUUGUACAAUGGCUCAAAACCAACUGCGUGUCGUCGUCGGCUGUGAUGAGGCUGGUGUUCAGUACAAGAACACGCUCAAGGCUGACCUGCAAAAGGAUCCACGUGUUUCAGAGGUCAUCGAUGUUGGGGUCGUCGACACCAACGAAAAGACCGCAUACCCGCAUGUCGCAGUCAAUGCUGCAAAGAAGAUUGCAGCAGGCGAAGCCGAUCGCGGGUUGCUGAUCUGUGGAACCGGUCUUGGGGUGGCCAUUUCCGCGAACAAAGUCCCAGGAAUACGCGCUGUUACUGCCCACGACAGUUUCUCUGUUGAGCGCGCUAUCUUGAGUAACGACGCGCAGGUUCUCUGCAUGGGUCAGCGUGUCGUCGGUAUCGAGCUUGCUCGAAGGCUUGCCAAGGAGUGGCUCGGGUACACUUUCGACAAGACUUCGGCUUCGGCUGCUAAAGUUGCCGCGAUUUCUGAGUAUGAGCAGGUGCCAGGAUCGUGUUCGUAAAUAGACUGGAAGCGCGACAGAUAGCUACCAUUCCUAUUUCCACUUAGAUACGAGAAGUACUUGCCCCGUUGUAAAACAUUCCAGUCCACCAUUAUCUCAAUGUAUGUCCUAACAAAGUAGAGUUCACGGAUGUUUUGCGACCGAAAUGAAACCCUCAAGCAUUUGGAAGGUCGAACA